UGUAACCUCGGCCAGAUCAGACUGCUGCAUUAUAUUUUUCAUUUGGUGUAUAGUGAAAAUCAAAACCAGGUGAUAGGGGCUGGUUUUGCUCCUUUACAUAGCCGUUACGGAUAGGUCAGAAUCGCCUUCUAUUAAUAAUCUAUUAAGAAUUGGCGGAAGAUGCGACAUCCACGGAACUCGAAUGGAAUGAUGAAUCCGGCUUACAGUCGCGAUCCCAACGACACUCCGGAACCCACGGGGGGUCGACGAUCGCGAUCAAAAAUAUCGCAGGUUAUCGUUGCCCGACCACAUUACCAGCAAGAGGAUCUGAACAAUGCCUUUAACUACUUCAAACCAAAGUCUAACUUCUACCAAGAAGCGCUGGAAAGCAUGAGAGAGAUGGACACCAAAACAUGCCUUACUGGACUUUUCCCGAUCUUCCAAUGGCUUCCGGAGUACUCAUUUCCUAGUGAUUUCAUUGGAGAUCUUAUCAGUGGAUUAACGGUUGGUGUAAUGCACAUACCGCAGGGAAUGGGCUAUGCACUUAUAGCUAACAUGCCACCAAUCACCGGAAUCUACACGGCAUUCUUUCCAGUGUUUAUUUAUUUCCUAUUGGGUACCUCAAGACAUAAUUCCAUGGGUACGUUGGCGGUAGUUUCGAUUAUGACUGGAAAAGUUGUUUACAAUCACUCUGGGGAGGGUUCAAACUUCACCAAUUUGGAGGUCGGAACUGCGUUAUGUUUUCUUGUUGGCAUAAUACAGCUAGUAAUGUGUCUGCUUAGAAUGGGUGCUGCUUCAUUUUUACUCUCUGAAGCUUUGGUUUCCGGAUUCACCACGGGGGCAGCAGUUUAUGUCUUUACAUCUCAAAUGAAGGACAUACUAGGCGUAACUCUGCCUCCGCUGGGUAGUAAGUUUGAAAUCGUUUAUACUUAUUAUGAACUCGGAAAAAAAAUACCUGAAACUAAUCUUAUAAAUUUGGCGAUAGCUGCAGUUGCUAUAAUCAUACUUUUGAUCAACAAUGAAAUAAUAAAGCCCCGCCUUGCCAAACUUUGUAUCAUUCCCAUUCCAAUUCAGCUUAUUCUUGUUAUUGGUGGAACUUUGUUAUCGAUACAAUACAACCUAAAAGAAAAUUAUGCAAUAAAGGUAGUUGGAACAAUUCCUCAAGGAUUGCCAGCGCCCAAGCUCCCGAACUUCGACAUAUUACCAGAAAUCCUCACGGAAAGCAUCACCGUGGCUGUAGUCGGCUAUACUGUAUCGGUUUCUUUGGGAAUAAUAUUUGCUAAAAAGGAAAAUUACGAAAUUGGCUUCAACCAGGAACUGCUAGCACUCGGGGCGGGCAACGUAUUUGGGUCGUUUUUUUCGUGUUAUCCCUUUGCAGCGUCUCUUUCACGUGCAGCUAUCCAAUACCUGGCGGGCGGAAAAACGCAAAUAACUGGACUCAUCUCAUGCAGCUUGCUUGCGGUGGUGCUUUUGUUUGUGGCAUCAUUUUUCCAGCCGUUGCCUCGCUGCAUUCUCGCCAGUAUUAUCGCAGUUUCUGUGCAAGGUUUAUUGAUGCAGGCCAAAGAUCUACCAAAGUUCUGGCGUCAAGGUUUUUUCGAUGGUGUUACUUGGGUGCUCACGUUUAUAUCGGUGGUAUUCAUAUCGAUUGAUGUUGGACUACUGGUCGGAUUUGCUCUAAGCGUUUCAAGCAUCUUUUUCCGUGCACUCAGGCCGUACAUGUGCCAGAUGGGAAAUGUUCCCAACUCAGAUGUAUACUUGGAUAUAACUCGCUACGAAGGGCUGAUCGAACAUCGUGGUAUUAAGAUCGUACACUACAGCGGAGGGCUACACUUUGCUUCACGUGCCGUAUUCAAAAGCAACAUCUGCCAAUUUCUAAAUAUCAAUUUGACGGAGGAGACUAAGCGUCGCAAAUCACCCAACUUCAUAGAAGCGGACGAUGCCAUCAAAUAUCUUAUAUUGGACUUUACUGCACUCAGCUAUAUAGACCCGUCGGCCAUCUCCACCUUCAAAACGUUUGUCAAAGAUCUGGAGGUAAUCGAUGUACAAACGCUUCUUGCAGGCUGUUCACCGCUGGUGUUUGAGAAGAUGAAGAAAUGCAAUUUUAUUGGUGGAGAGGAAAACUACGUUCGCACUUAUCCCACUGUUCACGAUGCGGUACAUUUUGCCCAGAAACAACUGAGAUUACGUGCAGGAGUAUCGCAAACGAUACAAGAAGUACGUCUGUAAAAGUUGUAUUACUAAUGUCAUAAUUUUUGAUUAUACAUUUUAAUAUUUGCAAAAUUGGUUGUCUUGCGAGCGCAAUGUGGUUGAGCAUGGGGGCGUAAUAAAAUUGUUAUUAACCAAUGUCAGUAGAUAAUCAAUAAAAAAAAUUCGAAUAAAUGCCAAUACAAAUUA